ACCCCUGGCUGUAACUAAUCAAAAGACAAGUCUUGCCGCAACCACCAUCGCCAACGACAACAAUUUUCUUGGAGUAGGCGGGGCCUUCGUUUGUCAUUGCGGUCGCUGCUGAUUCUCUGCCCGAUGAUGUCGAGAUGCUGUUGAAGGUGCUCACUGUCCCGUCGCUCGAUCUGGUGCCACGCGUGUCUCGUCUCUCGGAUGUUGGUCUGCGCGAGGCGCUACUGUCAUGUCGCUCGUGGGCGUAGUGUGAGUUGCGGUGUUGGUACGACGACGCCAUUUGUUUGCGUCUGUUGCACUGUGUUUUGGGGGGGUUUGAGUUGGGAUGGGAGACGACUAGCGGCGGAAACAGGCCAACAAGAGGUAUCCGCCCAAUUCAAGGAGUCGGUAAAAUACCUAGGUAUCAAGGUAUUAUAGGACGAAAUUAAUUUGUUCCCCACCCCGCCCGUAAGCUGUCUGUAGCUGUACCUAGCUGCUGCUGCUACUGCUGCUCUGGAAAUACCGCGCUCGUAAAAGAAUUGGUUAUUGGGGUCGUCUCUGGUGUAAAAUUUCGUCUGACGAUGCUCUUCGCGAUGGUGACGGUGAUGGUGAGGGGGAAAAACAGGGACGACUCGGAGAAGGGAUGGGAUCAGUGAGUGCAGGGUGUCAGCAAGCAACAAGCAAGCUGGACAGUCGCUGCAGGAACUGGGAAACAAGCUGCAGGUGCAGCUUGGAGAGGUCGAUGUAAACAGUCGGCGGGGCAACCGUUCCUUGCGGUCGGGUAAUGACACAAACGCGGGGCCAAGAUUGGUUGAAGGGGCCCACUGGAGAUGCUGGUCAGCGCCUUGUCGGUGACGGACCACUAAAAACAGGCUUCUUCUUCAACCUGGAAGUUGGAUGUUGAUGAUGACUUGCAGUUGUGGCGGCAGCGCUGUGGGUGAGGUGUGUAAGAGUGGGAAAAGAGGACGGGAUGGGAAAUGAAUCUGGAGAAAACUCUCACUGUCUCAUAAUUUUCUCCCGCUUCUCUUGGGUUGUCUGGCACAGCACGGCAUCCCAUCACACCCCAGCCCUAUGAUUACAGCGCAGCACAUCUACUGGACCACCACCAACAGUGGUGCCAGGUUGCAAGCUGCCGAGACCGUCCGACCAGUGGGGUUUUCAGCUGCCUUGGUUGUGAACGUGGCUGGUGGACAGUGCCUGUUCUCGGGUUAUCGUCGGCUUGGCGCCAGCAAACCACAUUGCAGUCAUUUUCUUUCUGCACCUCCUCUUUGAAAAUUCUCUCUUCACCAUCGUCAGAAACCAGCCACCUCUAUUUCUCUGUUUUCCCUAUUUCCAUAUUUCCCGGGUCCGUGUCACCUGGCUGCGACGCAUAAUAAUACACUACCCUUUAUCAGCGCCGCCUCUUUCUUGUCGGGUCCGGUGCCACCGAGAAAUCUCUUUCUUGAACCGUCGCUGCCGCUGCUGCGGCUCUCCAACCUCCUCCCUCCACGCAGCAGCCCACUGCUAACUCGCUUGGCAUACACAAUGUCCGACAGCAAGUACAUCACGCUCAUCUCAUAUGAUGGCUUCGAGUUUGUCGUCCUGCGGGAGGCUGCUCUGGUUAGUGAAACCAUAGGAGCCAUGCUGAGGGGCCCUUUCAGAGAGGCGCAAACUGGUCGCUGUGAGUUUGGCGAGAUUCGAGGUCCUGUUCUGGAAAAGGUUGUCGAGUACUUCCACUACCAUUAUGCGAACCGCAACCAGACCGAUGUCCCAGAUAUGGACAUUCCUGUGGACAUCUGCCUCGAGCUCCUGAUGGCUGCCGACUUCCUUGGAUUGGAUUCCAAGCCCCAGAUGAGAGAUAUCUCUUGAGGGUGACCGGCUUUUUACGGAUCUGCAUCCAGGAACGGAACUGCAUUGAGCACGGCGUUGAGGUUAUGAUUUUGGCGCAUUUGCAAACAAGGUGCCCUUGACCUCAGUAACUGGUACAACAGGACAUACAACCAUAAGCACCAGUCAGAAAACAAGCAAGGCAUCUUGUUUUUUAUCAUCUCCUUUCCAGCGUUCUAUUGCGUCUCGUGGUCAUUCAGAGGCUACACCCAUCUUAGCAUAUCGUCUUAUCCUUUUUCACCCAUGGGUCAUACGUCUAAAUUCGAUGGAAGAGCGACAUAUCCUCAACGAUCUGCUUGGCUUUGGCUUUUCACCGGGUUGGGCUUUGUAAAGCGAGGAGACAUUUCGUUCCAAAUUACUUGAUACACCUUAAUACACAACACAUUUGAUGAGAAUAACCCCGUGGUAUCAGUCCAACGCCACCUGAACAAAUAAGGAGAGGUGA